AAUCGCGAUGAAUGAUGGGAAGACAUGAUACUACUGUUUAAAGAUGGCGACGUUGAUGGAGGCUUUUGAGCAACAAUAUGCGGCUUUGACCGCCGAAAUAACGUCUAAAUCCGGACGGAUACCGAAUUUACAUGCAGCUGACAAGUCUGCGAUGGUCGCCGAGGUCGAAAGACAUCUGGAGGAAGCCAACGAACUCCUGGAGCAAAUGGAGCUUGAAGUUCGUAGCCUUCCUGCACCAACGCGACCAAAAUACCAGAACCGAGUCAAGAGUUACCAAUCUGAGCUUAUUCAGUUGCGAAAGGAAUUCCAAAGGGCGAAGAUUGAGUACAGCGACGAAGUCCGAUCACGGGAGGAGCUGUUCGCCAACGACGACGGUUACGUCAACGACGACCAGAAGCAGCGGCUGUUGGAUAACACGGAAAGAAUGGAGAGGUCGACGAAACUUCUCAAAGGAGGUCACGGUCUUGUUUUAGAGACAGAGAAAAUUGGAGCAGCCAUACUAAGUGAUCUGAGUGCACAAAGGGAAACCAUCAGCAGGGCAAGGGAAAAGGUGAAGGAAACAGACCACGACAUUGGGAAGAGUUCUACCGUCCUGUCGGGAAUGAUGCGACGUGCGAUGCAGAACCGGGCCAUCCUCUAUGUGGUUGCAGCUCUAGUCUUUGUCACUGUCGUGUUCAGCAUCUAUUACAGCGUCCGUAGGCACGUGUGACCGAAGCAGACGUGCCCGUCUUCUGGGACGCUAGCUCUUCCUGUGGCUGCUGUGAAACAUGCAUUUCAGAGCGCGAGCACAGACAGGUCUUGCUUAUCUUCUGGCAAUAGAGGGCUCACCAUGUGCUUUUCGAAAAGGGUCCCUCGAUAGACAUCAAAAUUAAACCACGUUCCAUGACGUGCCAUUUUGAAUGCGUACUAUGUGCAGCCCCGGCCGCCAGCCAACGACCGUCGCACAGCCCCCGAACAAACAGAAGGACCGAAGUUUACAACUCGAGAGGGUAUGCUCGGUUCGUCCGUCGAGAGGCUUGCGCCCGGAGCCUUGCGGACGAUGCAUGUUUUACGGCAGCCGACUUCAUUCCAAAGCUCCACGUUUUUAACCUAUAUGUAUGUAUAUUGUGUAUGCCAUUCUGGUAUGUAUUAUAAUAUGGUGCAUUUCUCUCUAGAACCAAGACAGUGGACGGUUUUGCAACCGUGUUCUAUCUAACCCUACGCUCAUUGGGGGCUGUCUAUAGUCGACGAGGGCAGUCCCUCUUUGUGAAUAAUAGUGUAUUUUGAAGCUUGGGUCCUAAGAAGACCAUAGUUUGUAACCGCAUAAUUUAAAAAAAAAAAAAAAAAUUUGCAAACUGGAAGCGGUUGUGAAAACUUAUACUGAAAUUAUAUUCCUGAAAAGUAUUACGCCUAAAAAUAUAACAUUGCUUUUGGUAUUGAAUAAUUUAUUUCGGCUUGUGUCAUAGUGAAGGAUUCUAUUUUUUUGUUGUUUAUCACAUAUGCAGUGAGCAAUUGAGAUGAAACUGUUAUUUGUCUAACAAAGGAAUAAUUCUGGAGGUAUUAGAAUAUUGCUGGUUUUGUUUUCAGUUCUCUUGAUUCACAUCAUGUGUUCUAGCUCCGAAAUUACGUGUGCUGCCUGGAGUGUACAAAACAACUUAAUGUUGCCCACAAUAUUUUAUACCUAUGGCGCCACAAUUGCACCUGCAUGUGGAAACACUCUUUGUGAAUGUAGCAUAGUUUUCUUUCACACAAUAUUUUUAAACAAUGUAGGUGGAAGCUGCUUGCGAGUUUCCAUUGUCAACAGAAAAACAGCUUUGGAGACGUUUGAAGAAUGAAGCCCAUUCAGCUCAUUUUGUUUCCUCGUAACAGCACUUCUUUAAUCAUGCCCUUGUCAGGCAAAAGAGAUGCGAGAAUUUUUCUUCGAAAAACUCCUCUUUGCUUUUCAUUGUUCCAAUUCUUUAAAAGCUGCUCACAGUACAGGUCAAAACAAUUUGUUGAGUUGAAACAAACACACGGAAAUGAAAUGGACACAUAGAAAUUUCUCAAAUAAAAUACUGCAAGAUGUGUGAUGAUGACAA